AUGAUGAAAAUUGGUAAAAAAUGGGAAUCUACAGAUUCUAGAAAUUGGUUACAAUUAAGGAUAUUACAAAAAAAAAGAAAUUUUUUAUUAUUAUUUAAUAAUUUUUAUAUUAUUAUACUAUUUUUUUCCAUUCAAAGUUAUUUAAUCAAAUCAAUAGAAGGUUUCUCUUCACCUUCAUCUGACAAUAGUAACAGAUCUCCGGAUACACAAUUAAUAUCAGAUAUUUUAAAUAAAUUAACUAAUCCUUCAAGAUAUGAUAAACGUCUUCGUCCUAUGUAUGGUAAAAAACCUGUAGAUGUUGGUAUAACAAUUCAUGUAUCUUCAAUAUCAGCAGUCUCUGAAGUUGAUAUGGAUUUUACACUAGAUUUUUAUCUACGUCAAUCUUGGAGAGAUGAUCGGUUAGCUUUUGGAGAAUUAGAUGAAUCAUUUAAAGAAAUAAAAUCAUUAACAGUUGGUGUUGACUAUCUUGAAAAACUAUGGAAACCCGAUACAUUUUUUCCAAAUGAAAAGAAAUCUUUUUUUCAUACUGCUACAACACAUAACUCUUUUUUAAGAAUUGAUCCUGAUGGAACGGUAUUCACUUCACAAAGAUUAACAGUUACCGCAACAUGUCCAAUGAAAUUAAAAUUAUUUCCUAUGGAUUCUCAGAAAUGUAGACUUGAAAUUGAAAGUUAUGGUUAUGAUAUUAAAGAUAUAUCUUAUUAUUUUCUAAAAAAAGGAAAAGCAGAAGGGAUCGGUGAAAUCGGCUCUGAGUUACCACAAUUUGUAUUGAAAUCGUUUGAUGUCAGUUCAAAGGUUGAAAGUUUGUCAUCAGGAAAUUAUUCAAGACUUUCGUGUAUAUUUUUAUUUCGAAGAAAUCUUGGUUUUUAUAUAAUUCAAAUAUAUUUACCAUCAAUACUUAUUUCUGUUAUUAGUUGGAUUUCUUUUUGGUUAUCUAGAGAAUCUAGUCCUUCCAGAAUUAGUCUUGGUCUUUUAACUGUUCUCUCAAUGACAACAAUUAUGAAUAAUUCUUCGGUACCAAAAGUUUCAUAUGUAAAAUCAAUUGAUAUAUUUUUGGGUUUUUCUUUUUUAAGUGUAUUUGCCUCUCUCCUUGAGUAUGCUGCUGUUGGAUAUAUUAGUAAAAGAAAUAAAUUAAAUGCUCAAAGACAUCAAACUAAAAUAUCAUUGUCAAGUUCUAUUCUUUCUAGAAAAACUGUUUCAUUUUUUAAAAGGCCUUCUUUGUUAUAUGGACAUCCAGUUUAUAAACCAUUUUAUUCAUCAUUGGAUAGAAAUUCUAAUCUUUUUGACGGAACUAGAUAUCAAAGUGAUUGUUAUAAUUUACUUAAACCACCUCAACAAUCAAUAAAUUUUGGUCAGAUAGAUUCAGAUGUAUCUCAACAAAUACCAUCUUCAAUCUGUAAAACGUCUCUCCUAAAUUCUAAAAAAACAAUAGGAAAUCCAUCAAAAAUAGAUAUAUAUUCAAGAAUUUUAUUUCCUUUGACAUACAUAAUUUUUAACAUAAUUUAUUGGUCAUACUACUUCAGUAUUCGUGAUGGUUACACAACAGCUGAUAUUGACUAUUUUUGGGGAUCUAAAAGAGGUGUAGAAGAAAGUAAUAUAGUAAAAUUUGACAAUUUUUCACUUCCUCAAUUUAAAAGAACAGCAUAUAAAUUGUUAACAGCUAAAGCUACAACAAGUUCUGGAUCAUAUAUUCGAUUAAAAGUUCAAAUUACUUUUACAAGACAAAUUGGUUUUUAUUUAAUGAAUAUUAUUGUUCCAUCUAUACUUAUUGUUACUAUUAGUUGGGUUAGUUUUUGGUUAGAUAGAGGAUCUUCUCCAGCAAGAACUGGUUUAGGUGUUACAACUGUACUUACAGAAACAACAUUAAUCACAACAACAAAUAAUUCUAUGCCAAAAGUUAGUUAUAUUAAAGGAUUAGAUGUUUAUCUUAACUUUUGUUUUGUUAUGGUUUUUGCUUCCUUAGUUGAGUAUGCCGUUGUCAGUUAUAUGAAUAAAAAAUUAGCUCAAAAAAGAGAUAAAAAAAGAAGAAAACAGGAACAGGCUCAGACAGCUGAAAUACCAAUGUUUGGAAAUUAUAAUGUUUCAUCUUAUAAUAAUAAUCCAACUAAAACAUUAAUUAGUCAUCCAGAAAUUCCUGAAGAUUGUGAUUGUAGGACAAUUCCAAUGGUUCAGGCACCUAGAUUUGUCCCAGAUAAUAUUAUGUGGCCGGGACCUUUUGUUAAGGCUAAAAAAGCAACAAGAACAUGUAGAACGAUAACUCCAUCAAAAAUUGAUAGAUGUUCAAGAUCAGUUUUUCCAAUUAUAUUUAUAAUAUUUAAUUUGGGUUACUGGACAAUCAUGACAAUACUCAGUCAACAAGAAAUGCAACUUGAAGCUGAUGAUGUAGAAUUUAAUGACUAA